CAAUGCCCGGCGGCCGUCGCGGCCUGUUCCACUUGUUUCUGGCAACUGCACCAUCAUCUGCUCUCUAACUUCACACAAUGGCUACUCUCAAAGUGCACAGCGGCAGCAGCUUCCUCACCUGGAAAGCUACGACUCCACGCCUGUAUAUCACGGCCGAGGAUGACGAGUUUGACGAGUACACGAUUGGAGCCUGGCAGGAUGAAGGAUUCGAUGUCGUCUAUCUCCCCUUCCGAGGUGGCGGCAAGCAGUAUGUGCGGAAGCUCCACGGCCUAGGCGAGAGCUUGGGCGUGGGAGGGACGUAUGCCAUCGUAGCGUUUGGCGAUGCGGCAGCGGUCUGUCUCGAGACCUUCAUCCGGCAGGACCUGAAACUCGCGGCUCUGGUGGCCUACUACCCCUCGUCGAUCCCGGACCCGCAGACAACGUACGCGCCGUCGCUGCGCGUGCUGGUGCAUCUCGCGGGCGCGCAGGUCGGCGUCAACCGCAACUCGGAGAUCCUGGGCAUCCAGGGCAAGAGACGGACGGUGCAGAAGAGGAUCACGCCGGGCAUUGGUACCGGCGGCACCCAGAAGCUGUCGUACCCUUGCUAUACGUACCAGGGCGUGCAGCCGGGCUUCGCGGAGCAUGAUUUGGAUGAGUAUGACAAGGUUGCCGAUGCCGUGUCGUGGAGCCGCUCGCUCGACACGAUCCGCAAAGGCUUCUCUGCCGAACUGGACAUUGAGCGCGCGUGGGAAGAGAACGAAGAGCACAAAUACCACAAGCCGAACGUCGCGGAGAUGCUGCGGACGAUGACGGACGUGCCCAAGCCAACAGUGACAUACACGCCGACGAUGACGGGCGGCAAAGGAAAAGCGGACCUAGCGCGCUUCUACGAGGAGUUCUUCCUGCCCUCGCUAGCGCCGCAGUCCGGCGCGCCCACGAACUUGAAGACGCGCCUGCUCUCGCGCACCAUUGGCGUCGACCGCAUCGUCGACGAGCUCUUUGUUUCCUUCAAGCACACGCAACCCAUGCCGUGGAUCCUGCCCGGCGUGCCGCCGACCAACUGCACCGUCGAGACGGUGCUGGUGAGCAUUGUGGCUGUGCGUGCCGGGAAGCUGCGCUCCGAGCGCGUGUACUGGGACCAGGCGGCUGUGCUGGUGCAGGUGGGCUUGCUCGAUCUGGACGAUGUGCCUGAGGCUAUGCGCAAGCGCGGGGUCAAGGAGUUGCCGAUUUGUGGCGAGGAGAGCGCGCGUAAGGCUGUGGAUGAGGAGUGUGAGCCGUGGAACGAACUUCUUGAGGAUUGGUAGGGGGAUGGAGAGUAUGGUUUGUGUAUUUGGCGGGGCGUUUGGCAUAGCGCUGGGUAUACAUGUUUGGAAAGGUCGGUAAUCAUGCAGGUAGGACGUUUUUAAUGUAUUUCAUGGCCAAGCUAGAGC